UGCCAAUGUGUGCGUGUGGUAGCGUGGCGGCCGCGACGGUCGCGUGUGUAUGAGUGCCACCGCCGUCACGGCUACGGCGGUCCCGCGACCGUCCUCGUCGUCGUAGCGAUGCCGCGCGACGCACGUUUCACUCUCCUCGCGUAUACGACGGAUACGACGGAUAAUCCGUCCGUUACAUAUGAUACCCUCCUUCUCCCUUCGCUACGUCGGUUCCCUCUCGCUCGCUCGUUGCUCGCACACUUGCUCGCGCGCGGCCGAGUGUACGUACAGGUGGAGAAAGCGAGAGAGCGAGAGGGUGAGAAAAAGGACACUGGCGAUGACGGAACGACGUACGUUAUAUAUGUGAGAGCCGCGCGUUCUCAAUUACCUGGACACAUAACCUCAAUACCCAGACGAUGCCGAUCGCUUCGGUGAACCCUUCCUCGUGGACGUUGCGUAUUCUCGAUUGUGUAUUGUCGUCGAUAUGCGAGCUGUUGUGGAUGUCAUUACGGCAUUGGAAAAGACGACAAUCACUAAAGAGGUGUUGGAGAUUACAAGGCUUGGAAAACACAUCAAUGAGCUUCGUCGAAAGACGAGUAAUGAAACCUUGGCUAAACGUGCAAAGGAUUUGGUACGACACUGGAGAGACAUGGUUUUACCAUCGGUGCAUUCUACACCACAACCCACCUUGGCAGAUACCGCACCACCAGCUCUCAAUGGCGCGAAAGAAGUGGCCUUGAGGAAUUUCAAACCGCAAAGUCCUGCAUUACGAGGGCUCAAGCCUCAUAGUCCUUUAUUAAAAGAUGCUACUCCUUUCAGAGUGCUCAGUCCGGCGUUAUCUAUGCACAGCGAUCAUUCGCGAUCUCCCAACGCGUCAGCAAAUAGCAAACAGUCAAUUACACCGAUCAGCAAUCACAGGAUAAGUUCCUGCUCGAGGAAUGCAUCACCAGUGCUUAGUUCCUCGAGCCAGAAUCAUACAACAGAAGCGGUGCCACGUACACACAGUUCCAACAAAAGGUUACGGAAAGAGGAGAGUGAUAAGGAGCAACGUCAAUGCUAUCAAUCGCCACAUGGAAUUGAGCCGAUGGUAGAGGAAAUUCCUGCCAAAAAGCAACGGCUCAAUGGCGAGAAUAUAAGUGGUAAUUUAAAUUCGCAAGUGCCUAGCCCCAUGCUGAAGGAACGAAUCUCCUCCGCUUUCACGGAGACCGAUUCUGUCGAGGUCACGGAUGACUCGGGUCCGAAGAAACGCGGUCGAAAAAAGGGCAGUAAAUCGGCGAAGCGACAGCCGUUCCUUGAGGACAGUGUGAAAAAGAAGCUGGCCAGUAUCUCGAGAACUCCGAAGUUGAAGACCACGCAAGAGAUAGUAGCUCAGCUACAAGCAGGCCGAAGCAACUGUAGCUCUAUCGGCAAUACAAAUGCCCUACCUAGUCAAAGCGUCGUGGAACCUCCUAACAUGGAAGACGUUCUACGAGGCGACAGUAACGAGCAAGUGUCUAAAUAUCUGCAUGGCUCGAGUCAGAACCUUCAUAGGAAUCUAAUUUCCUCGGAAACAUCGUCUACUGGUAAAACGCAAGCGGCACGAUUCGCAGAGAAUCGACCCGAGACGUGCCAGGAUAGGUUGCGCGAGAACGAUAAAUCAGCAGGCAACGAUCAGUCAUCGACGUGUCGGUCACCGUCGCACCGAGAUCUCACAGUCGAAGAGAUACUGGCUAAGUUACCGCCUUUAGAUCCCAAUUCGAUAGACUGGGGUGAGGACGAAGAACAGAACUAUGUCGAAUGUUCGUCACCACCACGGAACGUUACUGCCGAAGAUCUUGAGAGGUUACACACACAGUGCAUCGAAGGACUUAACGGCAACUUCCAGCCGAGGCUGUCAUCAACGACCGUGUGUCGUUCCGAUGAUGACGAGCACUCGAACGCCAGGGACGAAGAGAAUAAAGUGUCGUUCGGACUAUCGAACAUGAAUAGUGUAAAAAGUGUGCAUAACGACCAGACUGACGAUUUGGAAUUUCGGGAGUGGCAUCAGAUGCUGGCAAGGCCCAGUUACCAGGGCGAGAUCCUCAACAUAAUGCCUUAUGUUAUUAUCGAUUAGUGAUUUUAUCAUCAUAUUCUCUAUUAUUAUUCUUUCCCUGAAAAAAAAAAGAAUUGUAAAGAGAAUUUGCAGAUGAUUAAAAACGGCCGACUGGCCGGAAAGUUAAUCGAUCGGUUGAUUUAUUAAAAUUAAUGAUUUCUAUAAUUGCGAUUUUUGAGAUUGUGCUGUUCAUUUCUAUUUACGCCGAAGCGUCUAUACCGCCAUUCUUUCCCUAUCAUUAUCAUUCCCCCGUUGUUAUAUAGUUAUUACUCGCUAAUCUCGAGCACUUGCAAUCGCGCGCGGCGAGAGAGAAGCCAUUCUUCGUAUCAUCACCAUCGUUAUCAACAUAAACAUCCUCGUAUUAUUAUAAUAUAUUAAUAUAUAUUAAUAUUAUAAUUAAUAUAAUAUUAAUAUUAUUUUUAUUAUUUUUAAUAUUAUUGUUAUUAAUACUAUAUUAUGUCAAUUAUUAUUACUAUUUCUGCUUCUAUUCCUCCUCUAUUAGUCUUAUAACUUUUAUUAUCAUCAUCAUCAUCAUCAUCAUUUUCAUUAUCGUUAACUUUGUCAUGCAAACGAUAAAGAAAUUAAGAGACCAUUACUUGAAAAAAGCGAAAUCAGUGCUGAAUUAUAAAUAUCAAAGCAAAAUCACUUGUGCAAUUGAUUUUGUAAUUGCACUGUACGGGAUGAGUUGUUGGAUGUGUGAGAUAUAAAUUAUGUAGAUAUGAAAUAGUUAACAUCGCGAAACGACACGAGCGCUGCUUAUUAUUAUUAUUAUUAUACAAUAAUAAUAAUAAUAUUUUUACACAAUAAUAAAAUAAUAGAUGUCGACAUCGUUCGAUUUUUCAUCUUUGAGUAUCAAUAAUAUAUGGCAAUGGCUCGCUUUUUAUGUAUUUUGUGAUAAUUUUGAGGAAGAAUUGAAAGCGUUAAUCGACGUGCAUUUUAUGCCCUAUACGCGAAAAAAUUGGUUUCUAAUGUUUUUCUUUUUUCAUUGCAUACUCUGGAGUUUGUAUUGCAAACAAUUAAUUUUAAAUUCAAGGGAGAAAAAUGGAAACGAAAUAAAAAAAUGAACACAAGCAUUAUACUCUUAAGAACUAGGAAGACAUGCAAGUAACACAUACAACACAGAAAUGCAUAAAUCAGAUUCUAGCGAGAUUACUAUCAGUUUUAAAUUAUUUUUGAGGUAUUUUAUAAGACUGCACACGGACUCUGUCGCGCGAAUGUAGAGGGCAACUCGAUUUCUUCGAGCUAAGUUAGGUACACCGGUGCCUUAAUUGAGCAAAAAAGAAAAAUAAUAUAUUUGUCUAACCGUGUCAUAGAGAUUUUCUACUCAAAAUUUCUUCUGUUCAUUUUGUGCGUAAUUUACGACAAAUGUGUUGAAAAUAACAUUAUAAGCGAAACAAUCGCGUGGCAAUUACAAAGCGACAUGUAAUUUUUUCUUAAGUGCAAUAGAAUUCGGACAAAAGAAUUCAAGUUUGAUAAUAUACAAGAUGUGUCCAAAACGUUGCAGAGAGCUGAGUGAAUUAUAAACAAAAUAAAGAAGAAUUAUAAAGAAAUAUCGAAAAAGAUAUGUGUCUGGCUUGUCUCCCUCGAAGUAAUUCCUAUUGAGCUCAAUGUUAUGAUAAGACAUCUAGUCCAAUAAUCCAGAACGUUGUUUUGUAGAGUUGCAUUCAAUACAUUUGUUAAAACUACUUGCUUUGGGCAAAAACAAUAA